AUGGCAGCCCCACCACCAGCGAAAUGGGUCAAAUAUUGGGCCGACGUGAUAAUAAACCUAAAAAGGAAAUGUCGGCUCAUAGCCGAGGGAAGAUCGAGAAAAACUGCGCCAAAUCCACUCGAGGUGAGGAUCCUUACAGCUGCCGGAAAUUUCGAUAUUCUGGACUUGUGGAAUAAAGCCAUCGGACAACAAAGUGUUGCAGGCCUCGAAACACCAACUAUGUCUAACGAUCAUGAGGAAUAUUUUCCAGAUGAUACAGGUGUUCAAAAAGAGGAAAUUGUGAUAGAACAUUAUUCAGAAGAUCCCCUGGACGAGGAAUUUGUUGCUAGUUUUUCGAAACCCGUUGUAACGGAACACACACAAGUGGAUGUUGCAUCGCAGUUGGAGAUUCGAAAACCUACGAACGAAGAGCUGAAAACUAUGGCAGAAGCAGCAGCGGUGACCACCGCAGAGUAUGUCGAAAUGACCACAUCCGCGCUAGAAGGUACCAGCGAAUUUCUCAAACCAAAAAUAGUGCGACCAUCCCAGGAAAGGCUGAGAGAAGAUUUGAAACGCACGUCAGAGAAACUUGAAUCUGUGAUUAAGAAACGACGAUUAGACGAUUCCAAGUAUGCUAUUGCCCAAGCCCUGACCAAUAUGUCGGCUGCGCUGCUACAGCUCUCGAAUGGUCUCAAUGAUCUGGCCAAUGCCAUCACCGAUGAUGCAAUGUAGAAUUACGAGUGAAUUAAGGAUUUAUUUUAAGACCAUGCUAUUAUAAGAAUCUAAAGUGGAAUAUCAGUCAAAACCAGUGUAUAUGUAUUGACCGACCGGCCCUUGUUCCAACGGGUUUGGAUUAAAGUUAGGAUGUGCUAUAGUGAUGAAAAUUUUAAUUGUAAAUUUCCAAUAAUUAAACUGAAAAUUUUACACGCUCACUGCCAAUAAAUUGAAAUUGUUUAUUG